AUUAAGGUGUUCAAGAUCUGGUGCAGGUCAAAUUAUUUAUCUAGUGGAAGAUUAUAAUCUCGAAGAAGUGGCGGAGUUUGGAAUGAAUGCUGUUAAGACAGCAAUGUCAUCGAUUCAAAUUUUGAAUGGAUACUUUUUGAAGCGAACAGCAAACAUUGAUCAAAGCAUCGAUUACCUGGUCAGAAUGACCAAGAUAUUAAAGAAUAUGUAUGAGAAUACUAGACUGUAUGUCAUUCCCGAUCAUGCUGUUUAUCGCAACACAUUUCUGGAAAUGAAACAAAAUUUGGCUUUAAUUUACCCGGAUCGCACUUUUCAUGUCACUUAUGCAUCAUAUUCUGAUCUCAACAGCAAAAGUAAGCCCUUAACAUUAAAAGAUACCUUUGCCAAGAUGUUAAUGACUACAAGAGGGAUCAGCGUAGAUAAGGCUGCAGAAAUCAUUAAAAAUUACUCAACACCAUUAAAGCUGGUUCGGGAAUUUGAUUCCUGUGAAGGUGAUAAAAAGAAAAUGAUCUCAGAUGCUUGCAAAAGUAUUAUUCGCAGGAAAAAGGUUGGACCGGCUUUGAGUGAAAGAAUAUAUCAAGUUUGGUGUGCUGAUGACUAUGAGCACGGUUCCAUAUAA